AUGCCGGCCUACAACUCCAUCUUCAACGAGGACCCCAACGUCCCUCGUCUGAUAGGCAACUUUCCCCUGCUGCCCCUGCGCACCAAGACCCGCGGUCCUGCCUACGUCCUGCCGGCGCCCUCCCCGCCGCUUCCCGCCAACGAGUCCCCCGAUCCUGACUCGGAGAGCUACGACAUUCUCGACGAGGUCCUCGCCCUCUUCCGCGCCAACACCUUUUUCCGCAACUUUGAGAUCCAGGGUCCCGCCGACCGCCUCCUCGUCUACGGCAUCUGGUUCGUCUCCGACUGCCUCACCAAGAUCAAGCCUCAGCAUGGCCCCCGCGAAGCCGCCAAAGAGGUCCAGAACCUGGCGCUCGACACCAACUUUGCCAUUCCCGGCGACCCAGGCUGGCCCCUGAACCAGAUGUACGAGCCCCCCCGCGACAGGCAGGAGGCCGAGCUGCUGCGCCAGUACAUCGCUCAGGUCCGCCAGGAGAUUGCGCCGCGGUUACUCGCGCGCGUGUUUGAGGAGGGCGGCGACGGCAAGCCGAGCAAGUGGUGGCUCAGCUUCACCAAGAGGAAGUUCAUGGGCAAGGCGUUGUAA